AUGCAACAAUUUCCUCAGCCUUCUGGUCAUCCUCAACUGCGCAGAGAAAUGGAAGCUAACGCUGUCGGCAAUACUGUUCUUCCUAAACAAAGAGAUCCAGAUUUUUCUGCACAGCAGUACGAUGUCAAUUCACUUUUUGUCCCUCCAUACGACAAUUUUCCAGUGCCUACUCCGAACAAUUCUUCCAUUGCUGCUUUUUCCAAUGAGAAGGCACCCACUUAUCCAAAUGUACAAGACUUUCCAGGAGAAUCAGUAUCUGAUCCGACUUCUAAAGAUGCAUUAAAUCAAGAAGUCGCAGCUGUUCAUUUCGGAAAGGAAAUCAAUUCAAACCUCGAAAAACCAUCAGAUUCAUCCAAACGCUUUCCACUGUUCUCAGCAGACAGAAAUCAUGCAAAAGAAUUUGAACCAGAUGUACCGAUAUCUACUUCAGUUGUUCCUGAUAAAGAAACGUCUUACGAACAACCUCUUAACUCUCCAGCGCCAAAGGGUAAAAAGCAAAGAUUGGUUCCUGAACAAUUGAAUUACCUUUUACGUCAGUUUGCAAAGGAUGCAAAUCCCUCCCCUUCAGUACGAGAAGAAAUUGCUCGAGAACUUAACCUUCCUGAGCGAAGCGUUACGAUUUGGUUUCAAAACCGGCGCGCGAAAGCAAAAUUAAUUUCCAGACGUCAAGAAGAAGAGCGUCAAAGGCUUUUGCAUGAGCAGAUGGAGCUAGAUAAUUUGAACCAACAAGUAUCUCAGGCUUUUUCACGCGAAAUACAGUCUAAUUCUGAAAACAACUCGAAACCCGACAUCGGUCAGUCCUUACCAUUUACGAAUCCAUUACUCCCCAAACCAACCAAAAGGUAUAGGAACACAUAUUCUGCACAUGAAUCCCCAUUUAAACCCACCCCUUCUUCAUCAGAGAAUCCUGCUUUGGAACCACCCAUGGCGAAUCCGUUAUAUAAGCAUAUCUUCCCAGGAAGCACCGACCCUCGUUUAAAACAAAGAUUUUCAAUCUCCCAUAUUCCAAAUAGUAAUUUAUCAUUUAGUACUUCAGAUCCUCCUAAGAAGUUCCCGAAAUAUCUUUCCACUGGAUCCUUCCCUUCUUUAUCGGCUGUUUCAGCAAGCCUUCCCUCUGCAUAUGGUAGAGGCAAUUUUGAGCACCGAUUUUCCCAGGAAGGUCAAAAUUACGACCAGAAAAUGACUGACAAUAUAUCCUCUAUGCCAGCAAUAAGAAGAUAUUCUUCCGCUCGUCUAAUUCCCUCACAACAAGUUCAAGGGGACUCAGGUUCUCCUAAAAGUGGUUCGUCUGAAUUCUAUUAUUUUGCGUGUGCUCUUUUAAUUAUUGGUUUAUGGAAACGAUUGCGGUUAACACCUCAGGAUCUGAUGUGCUUUUACUCUCCUCCAAAAAAGUUGUUUGCAUACCUGAUACAGUACGAGGGAAUUCAGUAUCGCAUAGAGUACUCGUUUUUUGUAGUUGAAUCUAUACAUGUAAACCGUGUCGAUGAUCCUUUACUAACUGAGUUGAAUGUUGCCGUCCCACCUCGAGAAAGACCUGGUGCUAACGAAUCUUGGCUUCAGGUGGAUAUCCAUUUGACUAUUCCACCAGUGUUUCACAUGAUAACAUCUGAAGGACAAGAAAAUUGUACAGAUUUUACAGAAGGAAAUCAAGCAUCAGAAGUGCUAGGUCAUUCUUUAAUCGGGCCUGCUAGCAGUAUAUUUCUGAUGCUCAAUCGUAUACGGGAAGCCUCACCAGAAUUAGGAUCUGUCAUUAAGUUACACAAAAACAUUCGUCCGCCCUCAACUUAUCAAGAAGAAGAGUAUAUAACAGUAAAAAGUGAGGAGAAUGAAAUCUCGAAGGAAAAGGGGAAUAAGGAGAACUCAGCCCCCCAGCAAGAAAAACAUGAAUUUCCUUUUUGGAAGUCACCUGAAGCAGAAAGUUCCGAGAGACAUCGAAACAACGUGGUGUUUAAAGAAUCAUUACUUCCAUCCGACAACGCACAAAUGGCUGUAGAGUUCUCUAAACCUGAUGAAAGUAAUGGUAGAAGUGUAUCAUUUCCAUCCGCGUCGUCUGAACUACGUUCCUUCCCUAUUGAAAGCUUGUCUCAGCCGAACCCUUUUAUGUACAUGAAUGCCGAUGCGAGGACUGAAAAAGAAGGAAAAAAAGAGGUAAAUCCUCCUCAUGCAUUCCACUAUCCUCAAGACCAGCAUAUGACGCAGUCUAGGUCAUCAGUAAAUGCGCUGCCUGCUGGUACAGGCUUGGUAAACAUGACUUAUGAAAUGAAACCUGGUAUAGGAGAAGAAAAUAAUCGAUCAAAACCUAUCUCGAAAGAUUCGUUUGAAGAUCAAAAUUUACUUUCAUGA